GACAUAGCUCGAGAGUGUGAGCGAUCAUUAACACCGAAACAGUGCACCGUAUUGGAUGCAGCACUUGACGCCAUAAAAGAAUGCUUCCAUGCUGGUGGGCAGGGAUUGAAGAAGUCUUUCUUUGAGAAGAGCCCCGAACUGCAGUCACUGAAGUACGCGCUGAGUCUCUACACCCAGACAACAGAACAGCUCAUCAAAACGUUCAUCACAAGUCAGAAGCAACAAGAUCUGCCUUCGCAAGAACAGCCAGUUGGUGAGGUUAGUGUACAAGUGGAUCUGUUUAGUCAUCCUGGAACUGGAGAACAGAAGGUCACUGUCAAAACGCAUGAUGCCUUUGCAGACCUGCCAUCGCAAGAACAGCCAGUUGGUGAGGUUAGUGUACAAGUGGAUCUGUUUAGUCAUCCGGGAACUGGAGAACAGAAGGUCACUGUCAAAAUCCUUGCGGCAAACGACCUGCGUUGGCAAACGUCAUCUGUCUUUAAACCGUUUGUUGAAGUGCAUUUAGUUGGUCCACAUCUGUCCGAUAAGAAACGAAAAAUGGCAACAAAGAGCAAACCUGGCAACUGGGCCCCGAAGUUCAACGAGACCUUCCACUUCUUCCUCGGUAACGAAGGGGAGCCAGAACAUUACGAACUGAUGUUCCAAGUGAAAGACUACUGUUUUGCACGAGAAGAUCGCAUAGUUGGCGUUGGAGUACUUCAACUAGCAAAUGUUGUUGAACAAGGGUCAUGCGCUAUGUGGGUACAACUGGGCCAACGCUUGCACAUUGACGAGACUGGUUUGAUUCUUUUGAGAAUAUUGAGCCAAAGGCAGACGGACGAGGUAGGUAACACUUUUUGGUUUUUCAAUACUCUGCUGAUUCCAGGAACAGCUUCUAAAACCUUAUAUUGA